UUGUGUUGAAAUGUACAAUCAUUUGUGUUUUGUUAUUUUCUUCGUGAUUAUCAAAUGUACCCCAACCGCUACAAUAGUUCUGGUGGUGAUACCAGAGGAUGUACCAGCUGGUUUAGCUGCCAUCUUCGGGUUCGCACCACCACUUCAUAAAGGCAAUGAUCACCGUUUCGGGUUUGGAUUCCGUCUCGGCAAUCAUGCGGACUUUCAAGUUCUUUACGAGUUUGGCCCCCAACUUGUUACUAAACCUCUGCAGACUUCUCGAGUGCGUUCAGCUACAUACCGGCAACGCUUCGCGCGACGUCGCCCGGUAAUCGAGCUGCUGGUCAGAGCUGGCAUCAUCAAGAGGAACUAUGAUUAUAAUGCCAUCGAGGAGUGUGAUGAUGAGCCGAGGUAGUAGCUCGUUUUUUUACUAUACCUAAUAGAAUGUAACUAAUAUAUUGUAUUUUUGUCCACAAUGCUUAUGGAAAAGUAGUUUUUUUAUUCUAGACAAUACUCAAAUAUAAUCAGUAGGAAUGUAGGUAGUUCCUAGCCUAGGCAGAUGCCUACGAUACAGAUGUGAGUAAAACAUAUAUUUUUGGGAUUAUAUUAUCCAUUAAUCUAUACAUUCUACAUAUUACAAAAUGAAUUGCUGUUCGUAAGUCUCGCUAAACUCGGAAACGGCUAGACAGAUUUGGCUACUUUGGGUCUUAAAUUAUUUGUGGAAUGCCAGGGAAGGUUUAACCAAAACCAGGUAUGAGAGAGUAAAAAUAUUUGAGUUGGUACGAAGUUUGCCGGUUCAGCUAGACUGGAAUAAAAUUUACAAAUAAAGCACAACAUUAAUGGAGAAAAGCUCUACUAGUUUCGAGUAACAUAGAGACUCUUCAUCAUGAGCAGGUUGCGCAGACGACGUCAGUAUGCGACGACGUCAGGAUGCGCGAGGUCGCCGCGCCUCGAAACUGGUAGAGCUUUUCUCCAUUAAUUUGUGUGAGUAAACCAUGCUUUUUAGCUAAUUUAGUAUGUCUCACGAUAGUUAUUAUAAAAAUAAAACACACCAUUAUUUUCUUCAAUUGAUUUUAUUAUUUGUCAUAAAAACGUCUCGACUGACUACUGUACAUCUAAACAUAACCUAAAAACAAGAAUCCCGCCAAAAGCAGCGGCCAUUUUGUUCUUUAUUACAUUUUACUCGAAAAUAGCGAAGCGGGUAUAAUAAUUGAUUAAUGUCCGUUUAAUUUGCUGUCUAAAGCUUAUUUAUAAUUAUUUAUUUAUGUAGAUAGUUAUAAAAAUCAACUGGUUACUAUGAAAAUAUUGUUUUAUGUUUAUAUUUUACCUUAAAAGUUAAAACUGAGUAUGGCCGUGAUUUUUAUGCAAACUAAUCUAUUUUUUAUUAUAAUAUUUAUACCUAAAUACUCUUAGUAAUAGUGACAGUGAGAUUUCAGCCAAUAUCAAUAACCUUUCUGCGGAUUUGACUGCACGGCUGCCGUGCAAUGUGUAGCGGGUUCGAUUCCCGCACGGAGCAACUCUUUGUGUGAUCCACAAAUUGUUGUUUCGGGUCUGGGUGUCAUGUGCAUGUGAACUUGUAUGUUUGUAAACGCUCCCACGACACAGGAGAAAAUCCAAACGUGGGGCAACGUUCUUUUUAAAAAAAAUAAAAGGAUUCA